AUGCUUCGGAAUACGGAUAGUUUCGAUCCUCCGCCUGCUAAUCAAGUCCUGUCAUACGCUGCGUACCAGUAUGGCGCCUAUAGAAGCUCAUGGGCACCCGGUUGGAACCAAGAAUACCUUUCCACGAAUGUCACACGAUACAUUACCAAUGGUGCUGCCGCAUCAGCUCCAAGAGAGAACUUGGGCUUUUACUUUAGUGGAAUGCGCGCACCGGACUGGGGCGACUUCAAUUUAAACCAGCUUCAAUCCAACCAAACGGCCGACACGCUGAUCACGCUAGACAUGUCGUCGAUGAGCAAUGGAAAAUGGAAAAACAGUACACUGCCAAGCUAUGUUCCUGCCCGUUCCAACGCGGAACUGGUAUGGGUCCCUGUAUCCGAGUCCGGAGUUUUAGUCGCCAUCGGCGGAGUGGUGGAACCCAUUCAGUUUUUCCGGAAUAGAAAAUCAAACUUAACACGAACAGAAGAGAGCAAAAGGAUUAGCCCGACGUUCAUGGAGACGGUCUCCGUCUUUGAUGUCGGAAGUGGAACCUGGUAUCUCCAAAACACGACGGGUGAUAUACCGCCACAGUUAACGGAGUUCUGCUCUGUGCUUGCUAGUGCGGCUGACGAGUCAUCGCAUAAUAUAUACAUCUAUGGAGGAUACGAUGGUCUCAACUAUAACGCCAAUCCAUCGGACGACGUGUAUAUACUGUCUCUGCCUUCUUUCAAGUGGGCGAAGGCAUACAGUGGUACAAGCACACACAGUCGCAGCGGUCACCAAUGCAUUAAGGUAUAUCCUGAUCAGAUGCUGGCGAUCGGAGGGCAGCAUGUCGAUUCAACUCAGUGCCUGGAGGGUGGUAUCAUUGUCAACUUCAAUCUCAACACCCUGACGUUUGAGGACAGCUAUGACCCCACAAAUUGGAGCGAGUAUAAAGUGCCAGAUGCGGUGACGAAAUUGAUAGGUGGCAAGUGA